AUAUAUUAUCUGAUAAGUUUUACAAGGCACCGUGAGCUUUACGAGGAACUUUAUAUUAUCUGAAUUUUAGGCAUCUGCCUGUCAAGGUCGUACUGCACAGACAAGGACAACGAUAGGUAUUAGCAUAUAGGGUCCAUUAUAGCGAUGAGUUUGGCAUAUAGCAGGUGACUCUUUCAAUUACACAUAUUUCUAGUCCAUGUUUGUUGUUAAGUUGGCAUUGAUGGCUCUUAUCAUUUUCAUGAAUCAUGACCUCUUGAACCUAGAUAUUGGUGUAAUAACUCAUUGAUCGAUUGCUUGUCAUCAAGGACUUAAACUUUGUUUUCAGUUUGAAAAGUUUUACAAUGUACGCGAAAAAAUCUCCUCACUGUGUAUUAGAAGUCCACACAGGUGGCUGAAGUGAUAAAUAUUGUCAGGGCUAUCACAGAGAUACAAUUGAGUCAAUAAUCGAUCAUGCACCAUCUAGAUUGCAAAAAAGAUCCUACUGGACUAAUCACUAAAUUAAGAAUGGCUGAAGACAAAGUAACUUUACUUGGAUUCUGGGGAAGUCCUUUUGCGCUUAGAGUUAAAUGGGCUUUGAAACUGAAAGGGAUAGAGUAUGAAUAUAUUGAAGAGGAUCUCUCAAACAAGAGUCCCCUGCUGUUGGUGUACAACCAUGUCCACAAGAAGGUUCCAGUGCUUGUGCACAAUAGCAAUCCUGUGGUGGAUUCGCUGGUAAUUAUCGAAUACAUAGAUGAGGUGUGGAAGGGAAAUCCACUCCUCCCACUUGAUCCCUACCAAAGGGCUAAGGCACGCUUCCGGGCAAAAUUUGCAGAAGACAAGUGCAUGGGUGCGAUCAUACGUACAUUUUUCACAGAAGGGAAGGAGAAAGAGAAAGUAGUGAAAGAGGGCCGAGAGAAUCUAAAGACUCUGGAAAGCGCUUUGGAGGGGAAGAAAUUCUUUGGAGGUGAAACAAUAGGCUAUCUAGAGAUUGCUUCAGGAUGGAUUCGACUAUGGACUCAAAUAGUUGAGGAAAUUGCAGGUGUAAACGUGAUCGAUGCAGAGACUAUGCCUGUGCUAAACACUUGGUUUGAUAAUUUCCUUGAAGUUCCUGCUGUCGUAUCCCUCCCCGGGAUAAAUUGAAAGAACACCUCAAAGGCCUGUUCAUGUAGUGGAAGUUUCAUCAACCUGAAGCCUUCAGCUUUCAUUUCUCAUCGUGCCUACCUGUCUUUUGUGCGUGAUCGCUUUUUGGCUAUAUUAUAUUAAUAAUAAGCUUUGUUCAGGUUCAAACAUCAUGUAAUCAUAUUAUAAAUAAAAAUAAAAAAAACCUUAGCCAAAUUACUCAGAAA